UUUCGGCGUUUGCUAAAUAAACUACGACACCAACACGUCACUGUAACAAUUGAUUCAUCUUCGUCUUCUUCGUUUUUUUCUGAUGCGAGUGCAAUUCAGAAAUCACUCUGGGUGAUAAAAAACGGUGUCGUAUGGUUCUUUAGUCUCAUCACUUUCCUAAAGAGCAGUGAAGCAAAAUGGCGAAUUGGAUCUCGUCGAAGCUCAAAGCCGCCGAAACAAUUCUUCAACAGCUUGAUCAGCAGGCAGCAGAUUCUCUUCGGAAAGAUGAGAAGUCAGAGACCCAUGACGAGGUGUUUGAGACCUCUCCAAAAUCUGGAAGUAGUCCUGUUUCUUUGAAAGAUCAGUUGAGGAAGAAGACAUAUGAAGGUAGUGACUCUGGUAGUGGAUCUCAGAGAAACUCAACAGAGCAAAAGCCUAGCUACUUAAGUAGCAGCAAAAAAGUACGCAAACCAGAUCAAUCACACGAAAGGACAAGUGCACCGUCACAAAGUUUGACACAAGAUAAUACUAAACUCACUGACAAUGAUUGGACAGAACUUCUGAGUACUCCAAAUCAGAGGACCAGCACUUCUACGUCUCGUAGUCCUGGUGGAACAUCUGCGAUUCGGGGAUUGAAGAAGGAUGGAAAAAGACAUGGGAAUUUGGGGAAAAAUCCUUUGGUAUCUGAUGGAAAGAAGAGUAGUAGUAGUAAUGUGGUUAAUUCCAGAGGGAGGCCACAAAAACAGACGAAUAAGGAACCAAGCGACAAGGAAGUGUCUAGCCCUUCUGAUGCUGACAUGAAAAAUAGGAAUGCUCCUCGGGAUAUAUUUGUGAACUCAACUCAUAAAGAGAGUGAGAAGGAUGUCAGUGGUAAGACACCUCCCCUGGAUGACUCCAGAAGAUCGGCUAAUGAGACUCUCCCUAGGGAAACAUCACCAAGUGUAGGAAAAAGGGAUGGUCGUGAGUCCAGAAGAAGUUCUGUAUGGGGAAAGCAGGUGAGGGAAGAAGUCUCACAGAGCAAUGUUUCUGAUGGUCUAACGAGGAAGGAAUCUUCCUUGUCAAGUGAUGAAUCUGAAUCCGAUUAUGAGUCUGAUUCGAGCACUGACUCUGAGAGAGAGCGUCAGAGGGAGGAGCGUAGGAGGAGAAGAGAGAGAGUUUUUGCUGAAAAAGUUGCAACAAAAGCUGUAGCGGUCAUCAAAGAGCGAGAGAAUAUGGUAGCAAGACUUGAGGGUGAGAAAUUGAGUUUAGAGAAAAUAGUCGAAGAACGAGCUAAACAACAAGCACAAGAGGCUGCGGAGUUGCAAACAAACAUGAUGGAAACACUGGAAGCUGCUGACCUUGAAAAGCAGAAACAUAACAAUACAAGAAUGGAAGUUCUCACACGCUUGGCCGGAUUAGAGGCUGAAAACGCUGAACUUACAAGAUCACUUGCCGCUGGGCAGAAGAAACUUGAGACUCAGAUAGAUCAAGUAGCAGUACUCAAACAACAAGUUGAGCUUAAAGAGUCUACUCUGGAAGAACUGAAGCGAAAUACUUUUAAUAUUGGGGGAAGGGGAACAACUUUAAAACAGUUAGAUACUUCUAGAGGAGACAAAUUCGAACACCAGAUGCUUGAAGCAGAGAUUUCUUUGCUGACUGAUAAAAUCGGGCGGUUACAAGAUAAGGCAACUAAACUGGAAGCAGACAUAGAAAUGAUGAGAAAGGAACUCGAAGAACCAACUGAAGUGGAAAUUGAACUGAAACGAAGACUGAACCAGCUAACUGACCAUCUUAUUCAAAAACAAUCCCAGGUCGAGGCGCUUUCCUCAGAGAAAGCAACCAUAUUGUUUAGAAUCGAGGCCGUGUCAAGGCUUAUAGAAGAAAACAAAGGUAUGUCUGCAACUGAAGCCUCAUCCCAAGAUCUUGAAGCAGGAGAUUGGGAACUCUCGGGAUCAAAGUUUAAACCAGCUUUCCAAGAUAAAAUCCGGUCAGGCAAGAAACAUUUGGGAUGGCUUGUGAUGCAACUAAACGCUAUAUUCAUCUCGGGAACCGUCUUCUUGCGUAGAAACCCGACUGCCAAGAUAUGGGCUGUGGUCUAUCUGGUUUGCCUUCAUCUAUGGGUAUUAUACAUCCUACUCUCUCAUUCCGAUGCUUCUUCUUCAGGUGAACUUAGAUCAGGUGCAGUGAUUUCCUUAGAGAACUUCAGUAACAGUUCACUUCAAUAGCCUUUUCCUUAGAGAAUGUUUCUUUUGAUUCAUAUGUAAUUUUCCUUCCAACAUUUUUUUUGAAGCUUGGUUUGAAUCUUAUUGUAUUCUCAAUCAAUGUAGCAAUUAUCUU